UGAAGUGGUUUACUUUUAAGCUCUACCUUUUAUCAAUAUUCCUUCCGCAAUGCCUCUGCAAUGCAGAAACCGAAAAGGUCGAAGAUCAAAUGAUAUACAGCACUUCUGUGAUGAGCAUGGUUAAGCUUUUAGAUCUGGAAGAAUCUCUAAAGGAAAACGUGGAUAUAUAUGUUCGGGAAAUGCAAGCCAAGUUGGACAUAAUUAAAUUAUUUAUAGAUUCAACAAAAAAGGAACCCAAGCUUACAACUCUAGAGAAAAAAGAAGAAUAUAUGGCUAAUCCCUUGAAUGCUUUUCCUUUGCUCAGACGCCUCAAUCAAGACUGGCCCAAGUGGCUUAAAUAUAUGAAAAUAGCCAUAGCUCCAAAUAAUACCAAGGCAAUGCAAAAACAUUUGAAGUCUGCACCUAGCCAUGAUGAUCUUAACGUGGCCCUCAAAGGUAUGACGCGUAUUGAACAAUUUUACAAUCAACAAGCAGAGGAUUUAACCAAGGGUUUUUUGUUGGAUAAGAAAUUCAACUCUUUUCUAACGUCUCCUGACUGCAUUUCCCUAGCUGAUUUCCAUUAUAAUCAAAGCCGUUUCACUGAUUCCACCCAUUGGUAUCGCAUGGCCCUAAGACUUCAUAAGAAUCCCCAAGGAAAAUUAUAUGAAAGGGUAUUGGGUUUAAAUAGGAAGAAAAUCUACAAAAAAUAUGCUCAGGCUAUGCUUAAAGAAUCCAUAACCUUGGACAAAGGUAAACCCACUGCCGCUGAGAGGGCCCAAUGGGAUGCUUUGGCCAAGCAAAUAGUUAAAAAAGACAAUUAUGACAACAUAAAAAGCUUAAUUGAUGAAUAUCUAACUGGAGAUGAGAAGAUCUUUCAAGAAGAAGCGGCCAGACAUAAGCGUAAGCCAACGAAUCUUGAGCUAGGUUGCCGUGGCGAGUGGCCAAAGCGAAUUUCCUCCGAGCUGGUGUGUCGUUACAAUAGAGAUACAUCAGCUUUCCUUAAGCUAGCACCUCUUAAAUUGGAGUUUCUAAAUAUGAAACCCUUGAUUCUGCUCUAUCAUGAUGUUUUAUAUGACAAGGAAUUUAAGGCUAUGCGAGAUAUAGCCAUUUUCAAUGCCACCAUGACCGAUGGCUGGACAUAUGUGAACUUUGACCGAAAGGGAAAGCCACAAAGACAGGACAGAGUGGUAAAAAUGAUAUCCUUUCAGGGUACAACAGCCUCGUUUACACUUGCCAUUAAUCGACGCAUUGGGGAUAUGACUGGCCUGGAGAUGCAAGAGAAUAUGGGCUUGCACCUGACCAAUUAUGGUCUGGGUGGUCAUUUUGGUAAGCAUUUGGAUUAUGUGGACUUGGCAAAGCGACCUGCAAAUUUUAGUGACCUGGGGGGUGAUCGCCUAGCAACAGCUUUGCUAUAUGCCACAGAUGUUCCCUUGGGCGGAAGCACAGUUUUUACCAAACUAAAAAUUGCCGUAAAACCCAAAAAGGGCAACGCUUUGAUCUGGUUUAAUCUGGACCAUGCUGGAAAUCCCGAGCCUCUGAGCGAACAUUCAGCUUGUCCUGUGGUGAAGGGCUCCCGUUGGACUAUUUCCAAAUGGAUACAGGAACGGCAACAGAUGUUCAAGAAACCUUGUUUAGCCUUAGCUUAGGAAUCACACUAUGUCACUCUAUUAGAGGCGUCAUUAAAUAAACAGCUCACAAUGUGAAUGCAAAUGGAAGAAAAUCUCCCACUGCCGGCCAAGGCCUCCUCUAGUCUGGGGUGUCGCUUUCAUUGUUUGCCAUAAAAA